CUCUUCCUCACUACGUAAUGUGCCGUGCUGCUUAUGGCGGCGCUGGUGACAGUGCUGAAAGCUGUUGGGUAUGAAGUGAAAAAGAACUGACUUUUGUACCAUCUGAAACUCCUACUUCAAGUUCAGAUCAAUCGAAAGAAACAAAUCAAGGAAAAAACUAAAAGAACCACCUGAAAACGACCCAAUGACGCACCAGUUUUGAAUAAAAGCCGAGACCGAACUUCGACGACGACCAAACUAAGCAACCAAAGAAAUAAAACAAACCGGCUACAUCUGACGCAACCGACCAUCGACGUUAACGGCAAAGACGAUUUGUGAUCUGAGACAAGAAGUUUGUGCCUACUCAACAGCUUUGACAAAGCACACGUCCCAACGCUGCUCCAAGCCCUCCUUAUCCUCCCCGCACUUCCACUCCACUGGGGUGCGGAGUGGGCUGCUGUCUGCUAGUUAACUUUCUUUCUCUCCCUGUUAUUUCGCGCUGUUCAUCUUGUCCCAACCAGUGUUCUCACCUGCAUUUGCCUCGUUUCAUUUCGUUUGUCCCUUUUAAUUGUUUUUUUGAAAGUUUCUUUUUCCUCCCCUUAAAAAAAAAUAGAACGUGUUCCAAGCAUCUGAGGAAAACAUAAGCAUACGUGUGCUUUAUUAUAAAGAGAUUAAAUCUUUGGCUCAGUGUUAAGUGUGACGUCGACACCGUAUCGGACAUCUAAGCAAGUUGCCCUUCAGCCAUGAGCGUGCCAGUAAAGAUGGAGAGAGAAUAUACUGAAUCAGCUGCCCCCCCUCUUGCUGCUUCUGUCCCCUCUACCUUCAGCCAAUCAAUUCCCCGCUCUGCGUCCGUUUCUUGCCACACUUCCCGUGUGGCAGGGGGCAAAAAGCAAAAGCGGACCCCGUUGUAUCAGCGAUCUAUGAGUUUCGACCCAAGCCUACUGCAUAGUAAUGGCUUUGCUAACGGCACUGGAGUGGGCCUCCGGGAGACUGGUGUGGUGGAGAAGCUGCUUAGCUCCUACGGCUUUAUCCAGUGCUCGGAGAGACAGGCUCGCCUGUUCUUCCACUGUUCCCAGUACAAUGGCAACCUACAGGACCUCAAGAUUGGAGAUGAUGUGGAGUUUGAGGUUUCUUCGGACAAGCGCACAGGCAAACCAAUUGCUGUGAAGCUGGUAAAGAUCAAGGCCGAAGUCUUGCCCGAGGAACGAAUCUCUGGGCAGGUGGGACCAGACUUGCACGCCUCUCCCUUUACUAUGCUGCAUGGUUAUAUACAUCCAGUUGUCUCUGCCAUCCCAAACCACCUGGAUGGAAGGUCUGCUCCAGGCCAGGUCCCCACCGGCAGUGUGUGCUAUGAAAGAAACGGGGAAGUUUUUUAUCUUACUUACACCCCUGAUGAUGUGGAGGGCAACCAACAACUGGAAACAGGAGAUAAAGUCAGUUUCUACAUGGAGACUAACAAGCAUACUGGAGCAGUCAGCGCCCAUAACAUUGUGUUGGUCAAAAAGAAGCCAAUGAGGUACCAGGGUGUAGUGUGUGCCACUAAGGAUGCAUUUGGAUUUAUUGAGCGAGCAGAUGUGGUGAAAGAGAUUUUCUUUCACUACAGUGAGUUCAAGGGUGACCUGGAGGCACUGCAGGCUGGAGACGAUGUGGAGUUUUCUGUUAAGGACCGAAAUGGGAAAGAGGUUGCUACAGAUGUUCGUCUGCUUCCCCCUGGCACGGUUAUAUUUGAAGAUAUCAGUAUUGAACAGUUUGAGGGCACUGUCUCCAAGGUCAUCCCUAAAGUUCCCAGCAAGAAUCAGAACGACCCUUUACCCGGACGAAUUUGUGCAAGGAUCAAUUUUAGCCAAAAGGAACUUCUUUUUGGGGAGAAAGACACAAAGUCCAAAGUAACACUUUUGGAAGGAGAUCAUGUCCAGUUUAACAUUUCCACUGACCGUCGAGACAAGCUUGAACGAGCUACAAAUAUUGACAUAAUGCCAGACACCUUUCAUUUUACUGAGGAGUCUCGUGAAAUGGGUGUGAUUGCUGCAAUGCGUGAUGGGUUUGGCUUCAUUAAGUGUGUGGACCGUGAUGCCCGAAUGUUCUUCCACUUUAGUGAGGUUUUGGAGGAGAGCCCACUGCACAUUUCGGAUGAAGUGGAGUUUACUGUUGUCCCUGACAUGCUGUCAGCCCAGAGGAACCAUGCAGUACGGAUCAAGAAGCUGCCCAAGGGUACAGUAUCUUUCCACACGCAGUCUGAACAGCACUUCCUAGGUGUUGUGGAGAAGGAGGCCACAGCUGCAUCCAAUGGCAAAAAUAAUGCCAGCCCAAACAAGGGUAAAGAAAAGGAAGCAGAGGAAGGUGUUAUUAUGUAUGAAGACUGUGGAGUGAAAUUAACUGUACCUUAUCAUAUCAAAGACCUGGAGGGUGGAGUGCUCCCUCAGCUUGGAGACAAGGUGGAGUUUGUGAUCAGUGAAAUGAAGCGUACAGGCCAGCAAAGUGCUGUUUCCAUCAAGGUCUUAAACCGCACCACUAACUCCAAGAGACUCCUGGGCUACAUAGCGACACUUAAGGACAACUUUGGCUUUAUUGAAACUGCCAAUCAUGACCAGGAGAUUUUCUUUCACUUCAGUGAAAUGUGCGGUAACAUGGACAAUCUGGACCUGGGAGAUACGGUUGAAUACACUCUGUCUAAGGGCAAAGGGAACAAAAUCAGUGCUGAAAAGGUCACCAGAGUCCCAUAUGUAAAUGGAUUGGGUGAAGAUAUUGGCAGUACUACGUUUUCGGGAAGGGUGGUCCGGCCCCUGCGUAGUGUGGAUCCUUCUCAGACUGAAUACCAAGGACUUAUUGAAGUCACAGAAGAAGGCUCCAGUAAAGGCCAGAAUUACCCGUUCGGAAUUGUGAGCAUGACCAGUAAACGAGAUUGCCUGCAGAAAGGGGAGAUGGUGAAGUUUCAGCUGUGUACCGUUUCUCAGACAGGGCAGAGGAUGGCAUGCAACGUUGUUCCACAGCGCAGGGCUCUGGUGGAAUGUGUUAAAGAUCAGUUUGGUUUCAUCACAUAUGAGGUGGGUGAGAGUAAGAAACUGUUCUUCCACAUGAAGGAGGUGCAGGAUGGCUUGGAGCUCCAAGCUGGGGACGAAGUGGAGUUUUCAGUUAUCUUGAACCAGCGCACGGGGAAGUGCAGUGCCUGCAAUGUUCGCAGAGUCAGUGAGGGUCCUAAAGCAGUGGCAACACCUCGGCCUGACCGCCUUGUUAACCGGUUGAAGAGCAUCACCUUGGACGAUGCCAGCGCCCCGCGUCUGGUGAUCAUUCGACAGCCCCGGGGCCCUGAUAAUUCAAAGGGCUUUAAUGUGGAGAGAAAACCUCGCCAAGCCGGGGUGAUUGACUGAUCAUCUUGUUGCUGCUCCUCCCUCUCCACAUUGACAACACCUCAGAAAAAAAGAAGCAAUCAAUACUAAAGGACAGGGAAGGGAUUUGCACUGUUAAACAUUAAUAAGACACAUAGUCACAUAUACAUAAAUACAUACAUGCAUACAUACACAAACCAUUACUCUGUCUCAGAAUCCCUUCCAAAAGAAUUGAUCAUCUCCUCUGACCUUGAAAUGUUAGUGCGGGUUUUGCGCAUUUAUCAUUAAUGACGAUUCCUUGGUUGUGUGUGUGUGCGGUCUGUGUGAGUUCUCUCAAGUAUUUUUUAAGAAAAUGUAAGAGAAGUGCGUUGGCAGUGUUGGAGUAAAAUAGUGUGGUGGUUCUACCACCUAAUGAUGGCUAAUGUGCGUUUCCAUCUCAGCUCAAAAUUAAACUCCUAUGGAAUUCUGCACCUCAUCCUCAUCCCCAUUCUAUUUUUUUUCUUUCAUAAAUAACUUUAUUCCAUUUUUAGGAUAUUUAGUUUUUUCAUUCAUCACUUGAAACUUACUCACCAAUGUUAACCAUCUUCCAAAUCAAUGGUUUUACUCUGACAAGCUGCGUUUAUGUUCCUUUUCUCCUACUUUGUUGUUCAGCGCAUCUUUUACAACCACUCUGGUCUGAAUUGUCACUGUGCAUAAGAUUGCUCAUGUAUACAAUUUGUCUGAAAUUAUCUUUUUUUUUUUUUUUUUUUAUAAGUGAGUUUAUUUUGAUCAGUUGCUGUAUGUUUUUAAUAGCUUUGCCUGAAUUCACACCCUCCCAUGUUCUGCUUUCAGGUGCAGAAUUUCUAAUAGCUUCUCAUAUUUUGCAGACCUUUUGUAUCAUUUUCUUUGUUUCCCAUUGCCCACAAUUUUUUUGCUUUUUUUUUUUAUUUAAUAAUUUUUUUCACUUUAAUAUGCUUCUAACAAGUAAAAUAAAAGUAAGAUUAAGGUGCCUACAGACUCUAAAUAAAACAAAAACUUAACCACACAAUAGAGGUAUACUCUAUUCCCAGCCAAUUGCCAAAAUAUAUGAACAAUCUUAGUGGCGUUAUUUCCAAGUAGAUUUAAUACUGAUCUGUCUCCCCCAAGACCUGUGGAUAAAGUAUACUAUAUGUAAUGUGUGCUUAGUUAGUGGGAGGUAUAAAAAAAAUAUAUAAAAAAUCUGCAUAACCUGUGACAUAAAAAGGGGAAACAAUACAAAAGGUUCCAUUUAAAAUCUGUAAGAUCAGGAUUUAAUGUAGAGACUAUUUGCUGUGCUCCUUACUGAAAAUCAAAAUAUUACUGUUAAGGCUUUUUUUUUUUUUUCUUUCUGGAGAACAGUGGGUUUCUGCUGAGCCACCGGUUCUCCUCUAUACUUUUGUUAUUGGUCUUGAAUGAAACAAUUGAAAUAAAUGUUUUAUGAAAACAA